AUGUCUUACGAAACAGACGCCCUGCUGGGCAAUCACAGAUGUGCUAAACAGUCUCUGCUCUACCGGGUAUCUAAACACUUACGCAGCGAUCUUGACCCCACGCACGGCGACCUGGUCCUACUAUUCUGUUACGUCAUCACCGGCCUCCUGGACAGCUCCGCGGUUCUCGUAUGGGGCUCCUUCGUGAGCAUGCAAACGGGCAACACGGUGUAUUUUGGUUUAGGCCUCUUUGGCACCAGAGACGAUCGCUGGAUCAGAUCCGGAGUCUCUAUUGCGGGGUUCUGUCUAGGCUCGUGGUGCUUCGCCACCUUCCACCGUGUCUUCCCGGCGAGACGGAGAUGGGUGCUCUGUGCGUCGUUCCUUGCUCAAACCUUGUGUGUUGGUCUUGCGGCUUCGAUUGUUACCAUUCAUCGGCCGGCUCAAGGUGCACCCUUGAAUUGGUUGGUCCUCGUCCCGGUUGCGCUCAUCGCAUUCCAGAGUAGCGGGCAGGCGGUGACGAGCCGUGUUUUGAAUUUCACUGGCUUGACGAGUGUCGUUCUCACUAGUACUUAUUGCGACUUGUUUUCACAUCCUGAUUUCUUCUCGACGAAGCUUGUCGGUCAUGCUGAGGAGAUGCGUCGGAUUGGCGCAAUCUUGUGCUUGUUGGUCGGGGUGGUCUUGGGGGGAUUCUGGGCUCAUAGCGAUGUGGAGAUGAUGGGAGCUUUGUGGACUGCUGUGAUCAUGAAAUCGAUGAUUGUUGGUGCGUGGUUGGUCUGGAGUGGAAAAAUGGAGGACACAGAAUAA